AAAAAAAAUUAAAAAAAAAUAUUUACAAUAUCUAUAUAAUACUCUUUUAAUAUAUCUUAAAAUAUUUAUUUUUUAGAAAAAAAAAAAAGAGAACAAGACAGCUUCUCGUCUCAUUCUCUGUGUCGUCCAUUUCUCAAAAGAAAAAUAUUUUUCUAGUUUCACAGAUUUUUCCUCUUAUAUCAUUAAGAUUCUUCCUCUCAUCUCAUUAAAAGGUUUGUUAUAUCAUUUAUAUGUCCAAAAAAAAAAAGGUUUGUUAGUUCAUGGAUCAAACUUCAAUUUCUAAUAAUGCUUCAAUUUUAUUCUGAAAAUAGUUUUGUUUUUUUUUUUUGCUUUUAGGAAAAUCAUGAUGCAUAUAGCUAAAUUUUUGGAGAGUGGAAACAAAUCAUAAUUUGUUUAUUUUAUAAUAUUUUUGUUAUUUUAAAAUUUUAAGAGGUAAAAUAACAGAUUUAUUUCAACACACAAAUUUAUCUUGAACAUAAAUAAUUAUAAUACUAUUAAUUUCGAAUUUAUAUUUUAAUUAUUGAAAUAUCAAAUCUGGAAAAAAAUAUCAAUUCACAUUGAAUAAAGUAUAGUUUUUUAAAAAUAAAAUAGAAGAUGUAAUUUUCAAAUUUCAAACUAUUAGUAGAAUAAUUUACAAAUUAUCCCUAUAUUUUAGGAUAUAUAUAUAUAUGUUUUGCCCGUGUUCCUCAAAAAAAAAAGUGUUUCAAAAAUUUUUUUUUUUUUGCCUAAAUAAAUUAUUGAUUCGCCGGGUGUGUCUGUAUCUCGAGUUCCGGCGGUUUAAAACCCUAAUUUUCUCCCUCCUUAUCGCCGCCGACUUAAGAGUUAUGAAGGUGUUCCAUCUCGGCGGUGAAAACACUCUCUCUGUUUCUCUCUUCUCCGAUGUCACCAACUCCAAGGAGCUCUUGAACUCGAUGCUAGAUGGAAGUCUGAAGCUUGAGGUCUCAUUUCUCAACGCCUUACUCAUCCCAGAUGUGUUCCCUCUCUUGGCUGCUGCUCAGAAAGCACUCGUCUCCAAAUCACGUGAUUCGUUAUCAACACGAACUCUUCAUUCUGAGCUUGUCUACAAUUACUCUGGAUCUAAACAUAUUACAGAAUCAUUGAAACGAUGUGGGAUAUCCGAAACUACUACUUACAUUCUAGCUGCCCGGUUCAAUGCUUCUCCCAUUGAGAUGGAGGAGGUGGCGAAAUUGAUCAACGGGAAGGAGAUUGACUUGGAGGAGUUAAAGACGCAAGCUAAUCAAGCCCAUAUUUUAAAGCAUUACAAGAUAACUAGCCAAGAACUUGUGAUUUCCUCUCUCGGAGAUGCCAUUGUUUGCCGGAUCGCUGCACGAGACGCUUUGUAAAAGACGCUUUGUAAAAGAAGAUGCCAUUUUUUGCCAUCAAAUAUAGUUUUAUCUUAUCUGUUAUAACUAAAUUUGACACUUUGUUUUGUAAUUCUUUGCAUCGUUCUUACAUCAGAGUAUCAGACCAAAGAUGAGUUUCUUAACCU